GAACGCGGCGGAGUUGAGCGGGCGGGUGAUAAAUGCUGCAUAGCUUUUCUGUGAUAGCCCCUCUCGUGCCACCCCCUUCUCCCUCCCCAGCCCCCACUCAACCCCGGCUCGCUCCCCGCCGCGUUCCUCCAGGAGCACACGCGGCUCCAAACGUCGUCAUCUGCUGCUGUGAUUAGUGGCACCGCAAUUCCGGCUAUUGCGGGGAAGUUUAGGUGGCCCAGGAACACCGUGUCACCGAAAGACACUUGGAUUGCGACAUUCGGACCCGGUGACAACGUUUUCAUGUGUCUUAAAUCCUUCAAGGAGCGGACUGCAAGUUGCUGCUUCUCGAGGCAACCACUCCGCCCCACUGAUCAGUGAGCAAACAAGUCUCCAAAAUUUCCUUUGGGACUCAAGUUUACCCACCGCGAAUUCUCUUUUUCUUUCCUUUCUAUGGUUCAAACCAACAGCACAGUCGGUGGAAAAGCAAAAAGCCACGUUCACAUUCCUGCACCGUAAUAACGGACGAACCCAGGGAGUCGCAUUUCCGAGCCAAGGAAGCUCAGGCUGCCCCGCACCCCCGCACCGCCACUUCCCCUCCCCCUGCCGACUGCAUCGCCUUUGGGAAGAUGAAUAGCUUGGCCGAAGUUGUUUUUCCUUUCCGGUGGCCCUGAUCAGGUGUCCCCGCCCCCUCCUGCAGUUCGCCUUCUCUCACCGCCUUCUCCCAACGCCCCCUCCCGGCCCGGCCCCUCCUCCCCCGCCCCCCUCCGGGCUGGACCCGGAUGGUACGUUCCGCACGUGAGCUGGGUGCUGGUCUGGCCGGCGACGCGCGUGCCCUGUGGCCAAACACUGCCUGGAGUGAGAGCAAACUACCAGCGCAGUGGGGCCGGCGCGAGUGUGCGUGUGUGUGCGUGUGUGUGUGCGAGCGUGGUGGAGGGGGGACCAACUGCUUCACACUUUCAACACUGCACUGAAGAGGGAGAGCGAGAGAGAGAGACUGGAGACGCAUAGAUCCCCCCAAGAUCUCCCAAGCCUACCGUCCCACAGAUUAUUGUACAGAGCCCCAAAAAUCGAAACAGAGGAAACGAACAGCAGUUGAACAUGGACGAAGGAAUUCCUCAUUUGCAAGAGAGACAGUUACUGGAACAUAGAGAUUUUAUAGGACUGGACUAUUCCUCUUUGUAUAUGUGUAAACCCAAAAGGAGCAUGAAACGAGACGAUACCAAGGAUACCUACAAAUUACCGCACAGAUUAAUAGAAAAGAAAAGAAGAGACCGAAUUAAUGAAUGCAUUGCUCAGCUGAAAGAUUUACUGCCUGAACAUCUGAAACUGACAACUCUGGGGCAUCUGGAGAAAGCCGUAGUCUUGGAAUUAACUCUGAAACACCUAAAAGCUUUAACCGCCUUAACCGAGCAACAGCAUCAGAAGAUAAUUGCUUUACAGAAUGGGGAGCGAUCUCUGAAAUCGCCCAUUCAGUCCGACUUGGAUGCGUUCCACUCGGGAUUUCAAACAUGCGCCAAAGAAGUCUUGCAAUACCUCUCCCGGUUUGAGAGCUGGACACCCAGGGAGCCGCGGUGUGUCCAGCUGAUCAACCACUUGCACGCCGUGGCCACCCAGUUCUUGCCCACCCCGCAGCUGUUGACUCAACAGGUCCCUCUGAGCAAAGGCACCGGCGCUCCCUCGGCCGCCGGGUCCGCGGCCGCCCCCUGCCUGGAGCGCGCGGGGCAGAAGCUGGAGCCCCUCGCCUACUGCGUGCCGGUCAUCCAGCGGACUCAGCCCAGCGCCGAGCUCGCCGCCGAGAACGACACGGACACCGACAGCGGCUACGGCGGCGAAGCCGAGGCCCGGCCGGACCGCGAGAAAGGCAAAGGCGCGGGGGCGAGCCGCGUCACCAUCAAGCAGGAGCCUCCCGGGGAGGACUUGCCGGCGCCCAAGAGGAUGAAGCUGGAUACCCGCGGCGGCGGCAGCGGCGGCGGCCCGGGGGGCGGCGCGGCGGCGGCGGCAGCUGCGCUCCUGGGGCCCGACCCUGCCGCCGCGGCCGCGCUGCUGAGACCCGACGCCGCCCUGCUCAGCUCGCUGGUGGCGUUCGGCGGAGGCGGGGGCGCGCCCUUCCCGCAGCCCGCGGCCGCCGCGGCCCCCUUCUGCCUGCCCUUCUGCUUCCUCUCGCCUUCUGCAGCCGCCGCCUACGUGCAGCCCUUCCUGGACAAGAGCAGCCUGGAGAAGUAUCUGUACCCGGCGGCGGCCGCCGCCCCGUUCCCACUGCUAUACCCCGGCAUCCCUGCUCCGGCCGCAGCCGCGGCCGCCGCCGCCGCCGCGGCCGCCGCCGCCGCCGCCUUCCCCUGCCUGUCCUCGGUGUUGUCGCCCCCUCCCGAGAAGGCGGGCGCCGCCGCCGCGACCCUCCUGCCGCACGAGGUGGCGCCCCUUGGGGCGCCGCACCCACAACACCCGCACGGCCGCACCCACCUGCCCUUCGCCGGCCCCCGCGAGCCGGGGAACCCGGAGAGCUCUGCUCAGGAAGAUCCCUCGCAGCCAGGAAAGGAAGCACCCUGAAUCCUUGCGUCUCAAAGGACGGAGGUUCAAGCGGAGUGAGAAGUUAAAACACCCUUAACGUCUUUAAGGGAGGAAGUGUAAUAGAUGCACGACAGGCAUAAACA